AUGGAUAGCGACAGCGAGCGACAGCCUCUACUUUCCCAGACAAAACACCAAGAUCAACCCAAUAAUGGAGGCAAGUCGCACUCGCACAAGAGUGAGCUGGACGAGCACAAGCAGCUGCUCAACAACGCGUUGUACCCAGCAGACGCAUUUUCCGGCACUUCGUACUGGGCCGACCUACCAGCUUCUGAGCAAUUGCUAUGGGUUAAGAACAAAGCCAGGGAAGAGGCCAAACGCGAAUAUCGAGCUGUUCAGCAGCUUGCCAAAGCUGGAAUUCUCAGGCCACUGAGGGAAUACUGCCGUACCUAUGCACUACCAGGUGCUGGAUUCUUCGUGGAAGGCUACGUUCUGUUCUCAGUGGGCAACAUCAUGCCACUGUUCAAGGCAGUAUGGCCACAGUGCUUCGACGACACCGUCGUCUGCAGUGAGCAGUCGAUCAAGGCUAUCAAAUACAUGGAGAUAGUCGGCAUCCUCUGUGGGCAACUCGUCGUAGGCUACCUGGGCGACGCCAUCGGCAGACGUUGGGGCUUGAUACAAGAUGUCUGCAUCAUGCUGGUUGGGACCAUUCUCCUCACCUCGAUGUGGGGACUCUCCCUCCAAGGAUGGACAAUCAUGUACGCGAUCUCAAUCUUCGUCUUCGGUCUAGGUGUAGGAGGUGAGUAUCCAAUGACCGGCACGAGCUCUAUCGAAGGCAUGAAAGGCUCCGAAGACCGACAACACCGGGGGCGGUCGGCAUGCCUCGCUUUCCUCAUGCAAGGCUGGGGUCAACUCGCCAAUCAAGUGGUUCUCAUCCUCCUGACAGUCGCAACCAGUUCGUCCCACUCCCUGCAGCCACCGUACUCGGAACAAGAGACGCAAAUAACCUUCCGCGUCAGUUUUGCCAUUGCGGCUCUAUGUUUGUUGUAUUUCCUACGUCUCCGCAUAAAGAACACGAAUGUUGAUUCUGGCAUACGUGCGAACCGCACGCAAAAUAACUCUGCCGGAUACGACUGGGUGAGCUUCAAAUUCGUCCUAUCGCGGUUCUGGGCACGCCUACUAGCAUCAAGCCUCUGCUGGUUCUGCAGCGACUUUGCCUUCUAUGGCAUGCAGAUCUUCCGCAACGACCUCCUACAACUCGUCACCGGCACGUCUGCGAGAGAGGCUGAUACCAUCUGGCUGUACAACCUGAUCAAUAUUUUCUGCCAGCUAAUCGGCUACUACAUGGCAGCGCUCCUCAUCGACUACAAACCAUAUGGUCGUCGGCGCAUGCAGACGUGUGGCUUCUUCGCGCAGUUCGUGAUCUACGCCACUAUCUCAUUUCUAUAUCCCGUCCUCAGUCAGCCUGGGCCAGGUGCCAAGGCAUUUCAAGCGCUGUACUUCUUCGCCAAUUUUUGGGUUCAAUUUGGCCCAAACUCCACGACCUUCCUCCUCGCAGCAGAGAUCUUCCCAAUCGGCAUCCGUUCGACUGCACAUGGCUUCAGCGCUGCCGUCGGCAAAGUCGGUGCCCUAGUCGCGACCGUUUCCUUCGCGUACAUUGGCGAUCGCACGAAGUUUAUUCUCGCUUCGGUCUCAACGCUUGUUGGGCUCUUCCUGACGCUUGUCUUUGUCCCGGACACCACCGGUCUGGACCUCGCUGAGAUGCAGCGCGCUUGGGGCUUUGUGACUCAAGGCGACGUCGCUGACUACCAUGGUGUGGCAGUGCAUCAGCAGCACUUGUCGACGUGGGAGAGGUUGGUGCGGAAGAGAAUGAAGAAUUACGAGAUCGAUAGCGAUCGUAAGCAAAGGUUGGACGAGCUGCGGGAGAUGUAUGCAAAGAGUAUCGAGGAUGUUAACAGUGCAAAUCACGAGGGUGGCGAGAUCGAUGAAGGCUUGGUCAGAUAUUUCGAAUUAGAGGCGAAAUUGAGGAGGGAGGGGCUGGAAACGGUAUCGGAAUGA